CCAUCCUUGGUGUGAAUGCACAUUGGUGAAAGCUGCCACUUGUCAAACAUGCUUCCUCUGGAUGUCAUUACAGGCUCUUUGAGCCAAAGAAGUUGAUUCGUCACAUGUAUUCUCAUCAUCAUUACCAUGCAAGAUCUCCAGAGCCUCUUCCCCUUCUUUGUUAUUCUAACUACAGGUGCUUCUCUGGAGUGCGAAGUUUGUUACGGCCUUGGGACCAGAUGCAGCGGCAGGAUGACGACCUGUUCUCCUAAGAAAGACACUUGUGUCAUUGCAUUUACUGAAAAUACUCUGGAAGGACGUAAAAUUCACACCGUAGAGAAAACCUGUGAUUCUUCCAAGGUCUGCUCCACUCCCCCAACGUACUUUUAUCUUGGGUUGGGGAGAACCUUCAGGAUGUACUUGGUCUGUUGCACAGGGGACAACUGCAAAAAAGCCAGGCCUAAAUUACCCCAAGUAGAAAAGAAGGUCAAUGGAAAGCAGUGCCCUACAUGUUACUCCUCGUCAGACGUGUGCCAUGCGAAGGUGGUGAAUUGCACCGGCUUGGAGAGCUACUGCUUUGAUGUGGCCACAAUCACCUAUCUUAUGCUUCUGCUGCAGAAGAUCCUUUCGUAA